UCCCCUUAGUUCCUUCCGUCAUAUCUGGAAAGUUCUCUGCCCUUCCUUCAAGCCGUGGUUAGAUGCCAGGUUGAGAAGUAAGCAGUACAGCAACGUGGAGCUCUCGCGACCUCAAUAUAAGCUCACGCUCUUAUAAAAUAGACGUGCGCGCCUGGUGCACGGCCGUUGCAGAGAGACGGCGUAGCUGGAAAGUAACGCGUGUUGACACAGGACCAUCCUCAAGUAGUUGGGAGCCUGUUGUUUUGGAGCUAGCGUUGUCGCUGACGGCUGCCCACAUUUGGCGUGCAGGGAGCGGUAGUUUGCCAACCCGCACGGCUCGCCCGCAUUAGUUUGCUUUGAUUUGUGGCGCAGGUCAGCAGGAGGAAGGGAGUUUGAUCCACCACCGCAUGACAAUGACUGCAGAGGAGCAGACGAGUGAAGGACAACACAGCAUCCCCAUGGAGGGAGAGGAUAUCACGCCGAAGAAAGAUGGUGGUGUCUUAAAGUUGGUGAAAAGGGAAGGCACAGGCACAGAGUUGCCUAUGACCGGGGAUAAAGUGUUUGUACAUUAUGUGGGCACCCUUCUGGAUGGCACACCAUUUGACUCAAGUAGAGACAGAGGAGAGAGGUUUUCUUUCGAGUUGGGCAAAGGUCAGGUGAUAAAGGCAUGGGACCUAGGUGUAGCCACAAUGAAAGUGGGGGAGUUGAGCCAGCUCAUAUGCAAGCCAGAGUAUGCUUACGGAUCAGCAGGAAGCCCACCCAAAAUACCCCCCAAUGCCACUCUUGUUUUCCAGGUGGAGCUGUUUGAAUUUAGAGGGGAGGAUAUAACUGAUGAUGAAGAUGGAGGAAUCAUCCGUCGCAUCAUCACCAAAGGGGAGGGCUACUCCAAGCCCAAUGAAGGAGCUGCUGUUGAAGUCACUGUGGAGGGCACCUAUGAAGGGCGAGUGUUUGACCAGAGAGAACUGAAGUUUGAGAUUGGAGAUGCUGAGAGUCUCUGCUUGCCAUCUGGAGUGGAGAAAGCCAUCAUGGCCAUGGAGCAGGAAGAGGAGUCUCUCUUCACUAUUAAGCCCAAGUAUGGCUUUGGAAAUGCAGGAAAUAACAAGUACAACAUUCCUGGUGGAGCGACACUCCAGUAUAAAAUCAAACUGUCAGCCUUUGAAAAGGCAAAGGAGUCAUGGGAGAUGAACACACCAGAGAAACUGGAACAGAGUGGCAUUGUUAAGGAGAAGGGAACACAAUACUUUAAGGAGGGAAAGUACAAGCAGGCGUCCGUGCAGUACAAGAAGAUUGUAUCGUGGCUGGAGCAUGAAUCUGCUUUGUCAGAAGAGGAUGAGCAGAAAGCCAAAGCGUUGCGACUGGCCGCACAUCUGAAUCUGGCCAUGUGCUUCCUUAAACUACAGGAGCCAAACCAAGCUCUGGAAAACUGUGACAAGGCUCUGGAGUUGGAUGAGUCCAAUGAGAAGGCUCUGUUCCGAAGGGGAGAGGCGCUGUUCGGCAUGAAAGAGUUCGACAGGGCUAGAGAUGACUUCCAGCGAGUCAUUCAGCUUUAUCCUGCCAACAAGGCAGCCAAGAGUCAGGUGGUUCUGUGUCAGAAACACCUCAAGGAGCAGCACGAGAAAGACAAGCGCCUCUACGCCAACAUGUUCCAGAAGUUUGCAGAGAGGGAUGCCAAGAAAGAGGCAGAGAGGAUGAAGACAGAGAGCAAGGAGAAUGGCGAUGAGAUGGAGGUUGAGAAUGGAGCAAAGGAGUAAAUGUAAAUGAUGAAGACGUGACUUAAAGUUUGUCUUGACUUCAGACUUUUGUAACCUCAGCCAUUUGUGUUUUUAAGGUGUGAGUGUGUGUAUAUGAAGUGUGUCUGUGUGAGAAUGAGUGUAUCAGUGAGAGCACUGACUGUGGGUGUAUCCUUUGCUGGCUUUCUCUGUGUCUAGGCUUUUGCCAUGGCAGCUAGCUGACUGGGCGGGGCUUCUCUAGCUGAUGGCACCUCAGAGUGUGGCUUUAAAUGAGUUGUGUGUCUCCUCCCACCCUCUCAACCCACAGCUUUGAACUGUGCAUGUGUUUUCACAGCAUAUUGGGUAGGAAAAACAGCAUUCAGAUGUUAUGUUCGAGAUCUCAAACCCUCACCUGUCAAGGGCUAGACCAUUCACCCUGCACUUCCCCUCUGUUCCAUACCCUUUCUCACGAGUUCUUGCUAUCCACCCCACCACAAUCCAUUUCUCAUGGGCCUACUGAUCAACUUCUUGAGCACCAGUUCAGAUGGCUGUGUAUGUACAUUUGAUGCGUUUGAGUGGUAGAGUGCCUGUGUCUCCAAGUACGUAUGUAGCAGCACUGCAGAUAGGAGGAGUAAUGCGAUGUUAGCCUGGUAUAACUCCUGGAGUUCAAGCUUCUCUCUCAAUCUUAAGAUGCAACUCCUCUAUAGCAGCCAGGGUACAGGACUGUUCACCUUUACUUUGGAAAUGUUGAAUUUGUACUGAUUUUUUUUUCCCUAUGUUGUACUUGUGAUUUCUGUAUUAAUUGUUCUUAAAAUGAUGAAUAUAACAAUAAAUUACCUAACUGGAAUAUGUGCGUGCAAGCAGCUAGAAAUUAAAUUAAAUUAGCUUCUCCUGGCCAUACUCAAAUAUUAGACAGUUCAGUCUUAGUCUUAUUUUACUGUAAAAAAAAUAAAAAUAAAUAAAAAUACAUGUAUAAACGUGUGCAUAUACAGCUCAUCAGAUCCAAGCUCUUAAGGCUAUAGCUGAACAGAGAUGUGAGCUCUGUUUCAUUUUAGUCACCAAAGCACCUGUUGAGCAAGCUCUUCCCUGCAACGGCAUCAAUGUUGAGAUCGGUUAUAAUUGCACAGUACACCCAUCAAGUUCAUCCCAGAGAUCAGUGAGAGCGGAAGCUGGGUUUCUGCCCUGUCAGAGUCAGAGGUGAGUUGGAGGACUAAUUUGAAACAGGGCUGUGGGUGGUGUGUGACUACUUAAUGUGUUGAUCUUCUUUGAAAGGGUCACUGCUUGGUCUGCCCUGACUGAAGGAUCCAGUAUAUAAUAAACAACAGCAACAAAC